UCAUGCUGCUGCCAGGUCCAGAGUCUCUCAUGGGUCCCUGUACGGCCUCCCAUUGCUGCUGUCUCCAUCGCCACACUCUGCCAUGUGCCACUUUCAGGUCUCCUCACACUGCUGGUGUGUUGAAUUUUUUUGACAUAGGGUGCUGGCAGAUUAUGGGCCUCCUAUAGCUGCUGCCAGGCCCCUAAUCUGCCAUGGGCCCCUAUAUACCGCCUCCUCAUGCUGCUGCCAAGUCCAGAGUCUCUCAUGGGUCCCUGUACGGCCUCCCAUUGCUGCUGUCUCCAUCGCCACACUCUGCUGCCAUGUGCCACUUUCAGGUCUCUUCACACUGCUGGUGUGUUAAAUUUUUUGAC